AUGGAUUAUGAAAAAUGCUUGAAAACCAAACAACUUCCACCAGGACCUGUUGAAGGUAGUGCAUCUAAAACUUUCGAGAAUCCAUUGUUACGUACCGUCAACUUAUCUGUUACUUCUUUUGUAGACCAAACAGGAUUUAUGAAGCAAGAGAAACCUCCAGUCAUUCAGCGGUCCUGUAGUUCGUCGUUUCUAGCUCUGGCCUCGCACAGGAUGAAGCAGGUGACUUUGGCUCAGAGAAGAGCUGUGCCUCAGGGCCUCCUGUGCGGCGUGCUGGCAGGAUUAUCUGUCCUCUCUCUUUUGCAUCAGUAUCUCUCAACGCUGCUGUCUGGCCUGCACGUGCCGCGCCAAACACAACGAGACUCUGUUUGGAGCAAGUGGGAGAGGGACUGGCAGGCCCCUCAGCAGGACGAGGACUGGGGGAAGAUCAACUGUACUGCGCCUCCAAUGAGAAAUGCUGAUGAUUACUACAACUUCAUCGACCGCCGCCAGCUGCACUGUGAGAGACCGGUGAUGGUGGGCGGUCAGCUCGUGCCCGACAGGACCUACUUCAGCGGAGAGAAGUGGAUGUGCAUGGAUGACAGGUUCAGAGUGGAGCCUGGCCGCUGUGUUGUUCUCUCCUUCGGCAUCGCUGAAGACUUCUCCUUCGAUGACGAUCUGGAUAAGAGGUUUCAAUGUAAGGUGUAUUCUUUCGACCCCACCAUCAAGAAACCAACACACCGACGUUCUCCCAAUGUAAUGUUCUAUGACAUAGGCAUCGCCAGCUAUGAUCGCCUCCACACCAACCCCAAGAUGGCUAGGUACGUCACGAUCCUGAAGUUGUUGGAGCUGGAGAACACCACCAUCGACUACCUGAAGCUGGACGUGGAGGGCUUCGAGGACCACUUCUUCAUGGACGUCAUCAAACACAACCCCAACCUCCUCAAGAACGUGAAGCAGAUCGGAGUGGAGCUUCAUGCCAAUAGAGGUUUGUACAGACACACUAGGCCUCUCUCUCUCUGUGCGUCCAUUGUGCGACAAAAGAUGUGGGCUUACUUUGGAUACCUCAAGUGUUACGGCUUCAAGGUUAUAUUCAGUGAAAUCAACCCAGUUAAGAAGUUAAGGUUCUCCUUGAGGUACCACGAGAGAUCCUGCUGCUAUGAGGUGGUGUGGGCGAGGGAGCAUCAGUGGUGA